ACCUCCAGUCUAGAAAAAUCUGCUGAAUAGUGUCGGUGUAAAAAUAAAUAUUUUUUGAAGAUUUCUGGAAAAUCUACAUUUUCGGAGGCUGAGGGAAGAAAAUAUGACUGAAACGAAAGAAAAUACGGCUGUUGAGCCGUCGCGGCCAAAAAUAAAACAUGAUUGGUACCAAACAGAGUCACAGGUGGUCAUCACCAUAUUAGUGAAGAAUGCGCCAAAAGAUAAAGUCAAGGUCGACUAUGGAGAGAGGAGCCUCUCAUUAUCAAGUGCUAUCCCAGAUUCAGACUCUGAAUACAGUCUAGAAUUAGACUUAGCGCAUGAAGUUGUACCUAACUUAUGUACCCACGUGGUGACUCCUUCCAAAAUAGAGGUGAAACUCCGGAAAAAGGAGGGGUUGCGGUGGACACAGCUGGAUGGAGACCGAGCUGAUGAUCAUGUUAAGGCUAUUCCCCAAGCUGUAAUAGACGCUUCAGGGCCGGUACAACAACCGCCGAAGCUAUUCAAAAAGGACUGGGACAAAAUUGAAAAGGAUAUAAAGAAAAUGGAAGAAGAAGAGAAGCCAGAAGGCGACGCGGCGUUGAACGCCCUCUUCCAGAAGAUAUACGGAGAGGGAUCCGAUGAGGUGCGGCGCGCUAUGAACAAAAGUUUCGUGGAAUCCGGAGGCACAGUACUCAGCACAAACUGGAACCAAGUCGGACGAGAUAAAGUCGAAAUGAAGCCACCAGAUGGCGUUGAAUUCAAAAAAUGGGAGUAGGCGUUAGGCGCUCGUUUACUAAUUACAUAAUAAUUGUAAUAGAUGAAUGUAUGAUUGUAUGGAUGCUUGGAUGUCAGUGGUAAUAGAAGGUCCAGAGAUUUUUUAAGAAGAGAGGGGGAAUCAUCCAAUUACUUCUACUGACUUGGGUGAGGGAGUGUCAAACUCUUACUGGCUAAGAACUACCCCGUUCCUACUCGUGCUCUCGAAGCCAGAGCCCCGCAACCCGUUAAGUCCACUUUGGGUCUGUCAAAUCAGCCUAAUUGGGCCCCAUCUGUAGUGGUCUGAUGGUUCUUUGAGGCGCGGAAUGCGACUCACUAUACGCUCAGCUCUGGUUCUGAUCAGACCGCGAGCUACUCUUAGAAUUAUUACCACUGACAACAAGAUUUCUGUACAUACCACAGUCUAUGAAGGCGUGAUGAUACGAAGAAGAGGCGUAGAGAAAGAAAGACUAUGGAUUUAAGAAAUCAAAGACUAAUUGGCUAAAUAAAAUAGUAAUUUUGUAAUGACUUUUGAGAUUAACAACGCGAAAAUAUGAUUUUAUUUUUAGUCAGAAACUUCAUUAAAAUAUUAAUCAAAUACAUGGCUUAUUCAUGUGCUCGACCGGUUUCGUUUGCUCAUAAUUAUGAAUCCCGGUCGAGGCUAGAAACUAGUCGGGCAUCCUCAAAAAGCUACAUGAGUGAGCUGUAUAUUUUUUCAGGACUGAAUGAAAGAAUGUUAGACUGUGGUAUCAAAAAUGGUAGAUUUUGUAUUACUUAAUUCAACUAUGAUUCUCUCUGUAUUAAAUAAAAGGGGUAGGCAGACUUAGGUAUUAGUGUCAAAUAUCAUGACGCAUCAUGAAGUGUGGGAGAGCUAUGCCUCAGCACGAAUAAGGUGGCUCGACCGGAGGGAUACCGCGUCCUUACAGAAAACCAGCCUAAAACAACUACAGCGUUGAGUUUCGCCGUGUGGGUGAGGUUACUGGAGGUUACCCUACUUCCUUAUCUACAUUCCCCCUUAUCUACAUCCAAGGGGUCCCCCUUAUCUACAUUCUCCAAAUCCCUAAUACCCAGACCUCUAAUCUCCAAACGUCUAAUCUCCAACCAUCUAAUCCCCAAACCCCACCAUCCUCAAUCCCUAAACUGUUACGAGCAGGGUCAUAAGAAAAUCGCUUUAAUGCGACGUGAAAUAAAAUCAAACAUACUUACGCAUUUAUUAUAUUAAAACGUGCUAGUCUGUCUACCCCUUGCGAAAUAGUAGGUCUUAUGUCUAAUGCAUAAUGUAUUAUCAAUAAUUAUAAUGUAUGUACUAUCGACAAAGUUUACGGUAGAACAGUUUUUUAACAAAGCCUGGGUAAUCGCUAUUCAUAGGGCGUUUUCCCUGCGGUCGCUCGAGUGCAAGCGAAUAUCGCCUAAUGAUGGUCGCCGCAAACUUUGUCGAUUGUACCGUAGCUUCAUCUCUGUCUACCCCACAAAACCAUGUAAUAGCGUGAUAGUAGGAUGUGUGUAGAAUGAAAAUAUUGCUACAUUUAAUAUUACGGAAUAAAUGUUUUUUUUUUAU